AUGGCCACAUUCUCACGCAACUUCAAAUUGCAUGUUUUCUUAUUGUUGAUUGUUAUGGUCAUUGGAAUAGAAGCGCGGAAUAUCCAAUAUUUUUGUGGUGGCUAUGGAAAAGGUGGUGGUGAAGAAGGUGGAAGUUUUGGUGGUGGUGGUGGAGGUGGAGGUGGAAGUUUUGGUGGAGGAGCAGGAGGAAGAGGAGGUGGUGAUGGUGGUGCAGGUGGUGGGGGAAGCGUGGGAGUUGGUGUAGGUGCAGGAGGUGGUGCUGGUGUUGGUGGUGGAGGUGGUGCAAGUGGAGGAGGAGGUGGAAGUUUCGGUGGAGGAGGAGGAGGAAGAGGAGGUGGUGGUGGUGGUGCAGGUGGUGGGGGAAGCGUGGGAGUUGGUGUAGGUGCAGGAGGUGGUGCUGGUGUUGGUGGUGGAGGUGGUGCAGGUGGAGGAGGAGGUGGUCGAGUUGGUGGAGGUGGAGGUGGUGGUGCUGGAGCUGGUGUUGGUGCAGGUGGAGGUGCUGGAGUUGGUGUAGGUGGAGGAGGAGGUGCUGGUGUUGGCGGAGGUGGAGGUGGAGGUGGACGAGUUGGUGGUGGUGCAGGUGGAGGUGCUGGGGCCGGUGUUGGUGCAGGUGGAGGUGCUGGAGUUGGUGUAGGUGGAGGAGGAGGUGCCGGUGUUGGUGGAGGUGGAGGUGGAGGUGGACGAGUUGGUGGUGGUGGAGGUGGAGGUGCUGGGGCUGGUGUUGGUGCAGGUGGAGGUGCUGGAGUUGGUGUAGGUGGAGGAGGAGGUGCUGGUGUUGGCGGAGGUGGAGGUGGAGGUGGACGAGUUGGUGGUGGUGCAGGUGGAGGUGCUGGGGCCGGUGUAGGUGGCGGGGGAGGUGCAGGUCUUGGUGCAGGUGUAGGUGGAGGUGUUGGAGUUGGUGCUGGUGGCGGUGCUGGUGUAGGUGGAGGAGGAGGUGCAGGUGCAGGUGGUGGUGGUGGCGGCGGCGGCAGAGUUGGUGGCGGUGGAGGCGGUGGCGUUGGGGCUGGAGCUGGUGGAGGAGGAGGUGCUGGGAUUGGAGCAGGUGGUGGUGCUGGGGUUGGUGUAGGUGCAGGUGCAGGAGGAGGAGCUGGUGCAGGAGGAAGAGGUGGUGGAGGUGGAGGUGGUCGAGGUGGUGGUGGUGCUGGUGGAAGUGGUCGAGGGGGUAGCGGGGGAGGUGGAGGUGGAAGAGGUGGUGGUGGAGGAGGUGGGGGUGCGGGUGCGGGUGCAGGGGCAGGUGCUGGUGUUGGUGGUGGUGCCGGUGCCGGUGCUGGCGGCGGUGUAGGUGUAGGAGGAGGGGGUGGCGCUGGAGUUGGAGGGGGGGCUGGUGGAGGUGCAGGAGCUGGGGCUGGUGGUGGUGGAGGUGGAGGUGCCGGUCUAGGUGCAGGGGGAGGGGUUGGAGUUGGUGGAAGUGUUGGAGUUGGUGUCGGUGCAGGCGGAGGUGCCGGUCUUGGUGCAGGCGGAGGCGCCGGUGGAGGUGCAGGGGCUGGUGGAGGUGCAGGGGCUGGUGGAGGAGCAGGUGUUGGGGCAGGUGGAGGUGCUGGGGUUAGCGCAGGUGUUGGUGUAGGAGCAGGGGCUGGUGUUGGCGCAGGAGGUGGUGCCGGAGCCGGAGCCGGAGCCGGAGCCGGUGCCGGGGGUGGUGCCGGUACAAAUGGCAGAAGAAAUAACAGAAUCAAAGGAAACGAGGGAAAAUUUUAA